AUGUUGAUAUCUGUUAGUCUUCUUACUUUUUCAAGCUGUUCAUUAUCUAUCAUUCCAAUCCCAAUACACACAUCCUCCUUCAUCCAUCCAUUUUCACUCACACGUGGCGCUCCUCGCAUAUUUGGAGAGGGACUUCCGCGACUUAAUUUCCUAACCGAAAGACUGGAUUCUCCUGCCGAUUGUACUGCUGUCGAACCCUGCUUAGACACGUUUCAGCACGAGGAUUUUGAAUUAAACAAAUUUCUUCAUUUGACUACAUCUUUGUUCACCAUGUCGGAGACGGCACAACCAGAAGUAUCAGAAAGUGACAAUUCUGUUGAGAAAAGUGACACUGAAGAAAAAUUAGAUGAAGUUCAAGUAAAAAAAGAAUUAGAAGAUGAUGAUAUGAAUGAAGAAGAAGAAGAAGAUGAAGAAGAAGAAGAAAAUUCUGAAUUGACAGGACAGCAAAACUGCUCCUCGAAAAGUGAUCUCUCUAACCAACCUCUGGAGAAUGCAGACGGCGAUGAUGCAUCUAUGUCUGUUAUGUCGACCGAAGAAAUCAAGUCUCAAGAAGAUUCCAAAGAAGAUUCUAACCUUUCUGCCAAAAAGGAUAGCAUCAGUCCGUCAGCCCUGCUCGACGACAAUGCUACCACCCAUUCAGAUAAUACCGAAACAGAAACUAACGAAACCGGUCCAGUACGCAGUGCAUCACCAGAUGCCCACUCGGACUCGGAGAGUAAACAGUCAUUUUUUGAAAAAAUUGGGCUUCUUGGAGAAGGCAUGAAAAUGAAGAAAAGUUCAGAAACACUUGACAAGAAUGUGAUGCAUCGUGAGUAUGGCAUGUACGAUGAAAGUGCUUUUCCUGCUGUUGAUCUGGACGAGAAUGGCUUGCCUAUCAAUGCAGAUGACAUGAAUGAAGAAGAUCGUGAAAAGAGAGAAAAGAAAUUAAAAUUUGUUAAAGAGAUCAGUGCCCUGAGACGUAUGUUGUUAACAAAGGGUUUUAUACGUGGCUCAAAAUGGCGCCCAACUCCAAGCUACAUUAAACAACGUGAUAUUGCAAUGAGUGGUAAGAAGGGCUUUGGAGCCUUCUCACUGGAUCGAGAAAUGUCGGAUGAAUCCACUCCAGAUUCCAGUAUGGAUGGCUCACCAUCUCGGACUAUUUACCGUCAGGAUGGUAGUGCUUCAGCUAGAAUCUACCAUCUAGAUGGCAAUCCUUCAGCAACUAUUUAUCGUCCAGAUGGGAGCCCGUCAGCCAAUAUCUAUUGUCAGGAUGGUGGUACUUCUGCUACCAUCUACCGGAAAGGUGUAUCCAGAAAACGAGGUCCUGUCAAAGAGAUGAUGAAAAGAUGUCGGCCUUGUAAAGUUGGUUUGACAGACUUUUUCAAAGAACUUGACAUUGAUGUUUCUGAACUUUCCAAAGACUUUCCUCUUGUGAAGCGUAUAAAAGUUAUUGACUACAAUUCUCAGGCAAACAACCCUCCCAGCGUUGAGCAGGAUAGCUAUGAAGGCAGUUUCCUUAGUUUCAUCUCCAAUCAGUCUGAUUCUAAAAGUCCUGGUAAAAAUUUCAAGCGGACAUCCUACUCGAAGCAGUGGACUGAGGGUAACGAGAAUCGAACAGUUACAGUCUCCAAGUUACACUGCAAUUCCAGUACACCAACAUUAAAGUCAUCAACUUCACCACCCCGUUUCAGCUGCGUUCACUGCCAGUAUUCAUGUCAAGAAAAAGAACUGAUGACCGAGCACAUUUAUGCUCACAUUACCACAAAAGUUUUCCGUUGUGGCAUUUGUGGCUUGGAUUUCACCACAUUUGGGACAGCUGCAAUCCACCACCAAGCUGUACACCAGUUUAGCCCACAAAAAAUUGAAAAGACAGCUGAAAUUGAUGAAACUGAGCAUUAUCUGGAGAUUCGUGAAAAUUUAUCUGAUGAUGAAAACAAGCAGCCAUCUAAUGAAACCAGCAAAGGUGAAGAAGCAGAAAACAAGUCCAAUGACGAUAACAGCUCGUCUGAUGAGAAAAGUUCCAAAUCCAGUCCAGUGUUCAUCUCUGUGGUUGUUAAUGGCAACAAGCAGGCAAACGACAAAAAAAUUGUUGUGGAAGUUCCUGACCGAUUUCAGUGCACUUACUGUAAAUUCUCUACCGAUCAGCGAGAAAUAAUGCAACAACACACAGCAGCUGAACACACAGGUGCUGUGCAUUACACAUGCACAUUGUGUGAUGGCCUUGUGCUUACAUCCAAAGCCAACUUGCUGAGUCAUUACAACACAGUCCACCCAGGAAAAACCAUCAAAUGUAGAAAGCUACCUGAUUUCACCGACACGGAAGAGCCUCAGCAUCCAGUAGAACCACCAACGAACCGAUAUAAUCGGUAUCGCAGCAAUAUCUAUGGCAGAGGUGGCCUAUUGACACAGGGAAGAUUUGGUUCGACAGAUGGCGUUAGUGCAUCCGGUACUGAUAUGGGCUUAAAAAUUGUUAAUGUGGUCAGUCUUCACAGUGGUCGUCAUUCUGGCCAGUCCCGACGUCCUGGUUCUGGUUCCAACAACAACUGUAUCAUACCACCAGAAGGCUUUAUGGUUCCAGUUCUGCUGAAUGCAAAAACUAUGUCCCUGAAAUAUGCCAGUUCCAGUGCCAACCGCAAGUGUAAAUAUCCCGGAGAUGACGACCCGCUCAUCAGUCGCUCCAUCUACAUGUGCAAAAAAUGUGGCUGCGAGGCUAAAUUUCUGAGUCAGAUGCAAGAUCACAUCAUCAAUUCUCAUUCAGCCUUUUGCAUGUACACCUGUGCAUAUUGUACAUUUAAGGGCGAGAAAGAAGCCGAUAUCUACAAGCACAUAAAUAUUGCUCACAGUGAAUGUGAUGGUGGUGUGCCUCUCUCUUUCUUCCUUGACCCUGUCUACAUCACUAAGUACAUUGCCAACAUUGAGAAAAAUCAGCAAACUCGCUACAAGGAAAAAUUGGUAGGUAAACUCUCUCACUAUAAGUGUCGUGUAUGCAGUCAAGAAUUUCCGGAUGGCAUUUCUCUGUACAUGCACUCUUUUCGGGUGCAUGAUAAGAAAUUGUCUUAUCAUUGUCCUUAUUGUACUGAAUACUGUUCAGAUACAUCUGACCCAAUGCGGGAUCAUGUCUCCAGUGGCCAUGGCAAGGACAUUAGCAGUGAAGCUGUGUUUGCAUUUAUCUGUGAUGGCAAACCCAACCGAGAUGCAAACUCUAUACUUUCUCCUGAUUCCAGCUCUUCAGGUACUACACCAGUGUCAGUUCCAUCAAAACCCCCUGAACCAAAAUCAUUUCGGAAAGACGACGAUGUUGUCAUUCUACCAAACAGCCCUUUAAAAGCUGCUGGUCAACAGCAGUCAGUGAUAAGACCUUUCACACCACGUGGCCGGAGUCGAGGUCGCCCACCUCGCUCUCAAACCAUUUUACUACGGAAUAUGUUGCAAGCAAGAGCAAAUGCUUCUUCCUCUCCCAGUUCAUCAGGCCCUCUCCAGCCCAUGAUGAUUGUUGCCAAUGCUGCUCAUGAAGAAAACCAAGGCUCGCCUCCAAUUGUCAUUGAUCAUCCAGAACGCACACCGAAGCCCAUGUCACUCACUGACAGCAGCACACCUGAGCCGACUGGUGAUGGUACCUUGGAUAUGGACUGUGAGACUGUUGAUGAAGAUAACCCUGUUGACAGUGUUGUGGAAGAAGACUGCGAUGCCAGUGUUGGAGAGGCAGCCACUGUUUCCAAAUCCGUUCCACUCAGCUCAUCACUGCACAGCAAAAGUUCCAAACGACAAACUGGCAGCACCACUUCACGCUCAGCCAGUCACCAGCUAUCAGAGCUUGCUGCUCGUUCAGCUGCCGAACACUCUGCAGACAUCAUUCCAAGCCAACCGUUCCCACUAAAAGUUAUCAAGAAGGAAAACGACAUGUACCUAACUGCAGAUACUUCUCUGCACAACGACCAAGUGGUACCCGUUUCUCUGCAAGCAGCACAGGGUGCGGUCCCUCUCGACCUCUCCUCUACAGGUGCUAACGAAUCUGAUGACAUGCCACCUGAUGCAUUCAAAGUGUUCAAUCUGAGCCCAGCAGCAAGCCAAUUGGCUUCCUAUCUCCCCACCACACCCAAUACUUAUUCAAGCCCUGUUCCAGUUGGACCCCCAAUUCAGACUGCAGACUAUUCCAGCUCUCAUUCCCUUAGUAAAACGACUAGUUCCGAGGACAGGUAUAACAAAGAGAUCUACAGUAGAUCGGUCAGGACUGGAUAUGAAAAAGAAAAGAAAAUAAUCAGCCAGGAAGAAACUGUACUUCUAUUUGAAUUUAUAUUCCUUUGUCCACAAUUUCAGCCUUACAAAUAUGAAUGCAUAUUUACGCAGGUGGUGCAUUUACUGGCAAAUAAUAUUUAA